GAGGACCAGUUGUAUCAGGAGUUGCGUUUGGAUAUCUCCAAGCCCUGUGCAAGGCCAGUAACAAGCAACACAGAGACCAUGAGGAUCAAAAGCUUUGGACUUCUUUGUGCGUUGAUUCUGGUCUCCCAGAUGCUACUGACCAACUGUGAAAGAGAGAAGGAAGGAAAAAAGAGAAGACAAGGCAUAGAAGGCAGUGGAAAAAAACGAGCUGAAUCUAAGCAAGAGAAUGAAAAAGGGCAAAAAUCAAGAGGGAAAUCAUCUCCUAAAGGCAAGUUUAAAACCAAAGAAAAUGCUGAAUGCACCUGGGCAGUGACCGACGUGAAUGCUUCUACUGUGCGUGUGGAAUGCAAGCAUGGUGAUGGUGAGUUCUGGUGCGAAUUCUCUGGAGACCCUUCCAGCUGUGCACAGUAUGCAGCAAGCCAGAAAUCCUAUUGGAAGCAAGUCUCCCGAUCCCUAAGGAAGCAGAAGCAGAUCUGCCAAGACCCCAAAACUGUCCUAAAAUCUAAAGUAUGCAGAAAAGGCCCACGAAGUGCUCAUCUCAAGCUGACCCGCUCAAGCCUACUAACAUCAGCAGGUCCUGCAAAUAGGAACACAAUGCAUCAUGCAAAAGAAGUUGUUCAGACUCCACCAGCUGUCUCUGUGACUGAAAAAAAGCCAGAACACAGCCCUGAAGACUGUGUAGAAGACAUAGAUUAUAUUGAUCAGAAAAAGGUGGCUGAGGAAUACUGUCCAGAAGGCUUUCUUUCUCUCUGUAGCUUUUUUAUCACAAUGGUCCAAGACAAAAAGUGCUGAGGAAGUGUUUAUAAAGCUCUGAGCCAUGGAAGCCCGGUAUCAUAUAAGUUACUGCAAACUACAGAUUUUAUUCUCAUGUUAUAUAGUGUAUAUAAGAAAAAAAUGAAUAUAUUUUUCUGAUUUUGUAUAUACACAUAGUUGAAGAUGUUAUGGAUAUUAUUUGCGCAUAGAUUGCUACACAAGCGUUACCAACAGAUGUUACACAUGCUGCCCACAAGCAUACAAGUAACCUCCUUGCCCCUCUUUGAGCUGUGCUAGCCAAAGUGAUGAAUUCAGUGCUAUGCACUUCCUGGUUAUGUACCGUAUUUUUGAUGUAAAAAUUGUUAAGAAAAAUAAACUUCAAAACAU